UCAGUGGCGUCCGUUUUUGUUAAAUAUGCUACAAACAGCAUACGAUAAAUUAUUAAGUUCAUCUCCUUUUCAACACUUCUAAGACAUAUAUGUGACACCUGGAUACUUUGUUGGUGUUGAUAAGUGUAAAUGAACAUGACUUUGAGGCGUAUCAGAAAAUCUAUUAUAUAACUCUAUGCCGAACGGAGUAACAGUCUUCCUCCCUCCCUCGUGUUUUGUUUGUACCCUGUUGUACCUUGUGCUGGUCAGUUGUUUUGGCGCAAUGACAAAUUAAACCGAAAAAGGGCGAAUCGAGACUUGGAAGGACUUCUCCACGUUGACCAUCAUCAGCAUCGCAUUUUUUACGGAGAUCUUCAUAAAUGUUAUAGAAACAAUUGGCUGUGGCAGGAUGCCAAACUUUGUGAACUGCAGGAUCUGAUGAAUGACUUUUAUCGAGCACAUUUCAAAAACCUAGGAUUUAACUAGACAGCUAACAUGAAGUUUGCUCAUAUUUUGUUAAAGAACAGCUCAAAGCUGAACAUACCUAAGCAUGUGGACAGAUUUUCAAAGUACUCUCCGUCCCCUCUCUCAAUGAAGCAGUUCAUUGACUUUGGAUCUGCCAAUGCCUGCGAGAAGACCUCUUUCACGUUUUUAAGGCAAGAGCUUCCCGUCCGGUUAGCCAACAUCAUGAAGGAGAUCGACUUCCUUCCUGACAAACUGCUUAGCACCCCUUCACUGAAGCUGCUUCAAAGCUGGUACGCACAGAGUCUAAUGGAACUGGUUGACUUUCUGGAGAAGGACCCUGAUGAUAAAAAGGUUUUGACUAGAUUCACAGAAACGCUGAUCAAUAUCAGGAACAGGCAUAAUAACGUGAUGCCCACCAUGGCACAGGGUGUGUUAGAGUACAAGGAGGCUUUUGGCGUGGAUCCCGUUACCAAUCAGAACGUCCAAUACUUUUUGGAUCGCUUCUACAUGAGCAGAAUCUCUACACGCAUGCUGAUGAAUCAGCACACAUUAAUCUUUGAUGGCAGCACCAAUCCAGCCCACCCCAAACACAUUGGCAGUAUCGACCCAAACUGUGACGUUGUGGAGGUUGUAAAAGAUGCCUAUGAGAGUUCCAAGAUGCUUUGUGAUCAAUACUAUUUGACGUCUCCUGAAGUGGAAAUCAAUCAAGUCAACUAUAAAGGACCCAACGAGCCCAUACACAUAGUUUAUGUGCCUUCUCACCUGUAUCACAUGCUUUUUGAGCUCUUCAAGAAUGCAAUGAGAGCGACUGUUGAAACUCAUGAGACCAGCCUUCAUCUCCCACCAAUCAAAGUGAGAGUUUCUCUGGGAAAAGAAGACCUAACCAUCAAGAUGUCCGACAGAGGAGGUGGAGUUCCCUUGAGAAAAAUCGAAAGACUUUACAGCUACAUGUAUUCAACCGCACCGAGUCCUGUGGUUGGAGAUUCCCGCAACGCACCUCUGGCUGGUUUUGGCUAUGGUCUUCCUAUCUCCCGCCUGUAUGCCAAGUACUUCCAGGGAGAUCUGCAGCUUUACUCCAUGGAGGGAUAUGGCACAGCAGCAGUCAUAUAUUUAAAGGCCUUAUCAUCUGAAUCAAUAGAAAGACUUCCUGUCUUUAACAAGUCAGCUUUAAGGCAUUAUCAAACAAGCAUGGAGGCCGACGACUGGUGCAUCCCGAGCAGCGAACCCAAGAAACUGGGAAAGUAUGAGUACAGUGUUUGAGAGCGAAGGAACGCUCAUUUGAUAAACAUAGGAACUUUACGGGGCUACGGUCAGUGUAUGUUGCCAAGACCUUGAAUUUGUUUAGGAUAAUUAUCUACGCGACUAUUUGGGAAUUUCAGAAGCAUUGUGUUAUCAAAGGUUUGAUAAUUGACUUUUUGAAUGUUAUAUUAUGAAUAACAAGCCAUAGUUGUCUUCCAUGUUUCACGCUGGUAAUAAUACACCGCACGCUUCGUUUGCCGUGCUCACAUUUUCCAGUCUUCAGAGAACUGGCUUCUCUACAGUAGGGAAAAAUAAACUUGUGACAUCACAAGU